AUGGCUCUUGUGCAAACAUUUCAAAGAGCUGGCUGCAGCAGUGCCCUCAUCUCAUCAACUGUAUUCAGCAGACGUGUUGCACACACAAACAGCACAGCUUCACAGACACACGGUGCAGCUCAAGAAGUCAAGCCUUAUGAAGACAUUCCAGGACCGAAAGGAAUCUACAACUGGCCUGUGAUUGGCCCCAUGUUCCACUUUAAGCCAUUCACCAAGUGGGAAGCUACCACAAGUCACCUCUUGUUUAAUGACCUGUUCGACAAAUACGGACCUAUUUUCAAACUAUAUCUGGGACAAGAUUUUGUUAUGGUGUUUGACCCCAAAGACAUAGAAACGGUCUUCAGAAAUGAGGGAAGAUACCCGGUGCGAACCAAGUUAUCAGUUAAUGAAGUCUUCAAUCGUCGUAACAAUGUAAAACCAGGGAUUGUAGACUUGGAAGGUAAAGAGUGGCAAGCACUCAGAGCUCCAUUGAACAAAAAGCUAAUGAAAGUGGACUCGGCUGGGUAUUACCUGAAACCUCAGAAUGUUGUAGCAGAUGAGUUUGUACAAAUCCUGGCUACACAGAAAAUGAGCCCAGAUGCCUUGGCAGAACUAUUCUUUCGCUAUGCUGUUGAGAGUAUUAGCGUGGUUUGCUUCAACACUCGCCUGGGCUUUCUAGAACCAAAAGCCAUGGAAAACCAAGAGUCAGCGAGAUUACUGCAAGCUUCACAAGAUGUGUUUCUCUACAUGCAUAAGUCAUUCACUGAUGUAGCUCACAGGUGGUUCAGAAAUGAAGUCUACAGGGGCUUUGAAAAGAACAAGCUGCUGCUUGGAAAACAAACAAUGCAGCAUAUCAAGGAUGCACAACUUGUACUGGAAACUCGUAAACAAAAUGGCACCCUAGAUCCAGAUGAGCCAAACCUGCUUCUCUACCUGCUUUCUGACAGCUCGCUUGAUUUCAUGGACAUUGUUGGAAUUAUGGAAAGUUUUUACAUUGCAGGCACUGACUCGACAGCAAAAAACCUACAGAUACUAUUUUUUAACCUGGCUAAAAAUCCAGAUAAACAAGAGACACUGCGGAAGGAGAUCACAAGCUUGCUUGGUCAUGACGGGCCGGUGACAGCUGAGUCCUUGGCCAAACUUCCUUAUUUGAAAGCUUGCCUGAAGGAAUCAUUCAGGUUGUUCAGCCCGACAGUGAGUGGCCCACCGAGAAAAAUGCCCACAGAUGUUGUCUUGAGUGGAUACAGAGUUCCUGCUGGGACUGUUGUUUCGUUACACACUCCUAGGACCUGUCAGAAGUACUUUUUGAACCCAGAUAAAUUCAUCCCAGAAAGAUGGAUCAGAUCGUCAGAGGGCCAUCACCCAGAGGACAUCCCUCCAACAGCGUCACUUCCAUUUGGAUACGGGCCAAGAAACUGCAUAGGCCGACGUUUCGCUGAACAGGAGAUUUAUUUGGCUGCAGUUAAGGUUCUUCAGAAACUGAAGAUUGAUAUUGAUUCUGAUUCCUGGAAUACUAAUUUCAUCUACACAACUUUUAUCCAGCCAGAAAAACCAAUCAAAUUCAGGUUUUCGCGGUUUGAUGACUAA